GGAAGGAUGAACUCCUAUACCCACAUCUGCGGAUCCAAGCAUGUGCAGGGCAGCACUGAGAGAGGUUACCAACGCUAUGGAGUUCGUUCCUACCUGCAUCAGUUUUAUGAGGACUGCACAGCUUCAAUUUGGGAGUAUGAGGAUGAUUUUCAGAUCCAGAGAUCACCUAGCAGGUGGAGCUCUACAUUCUGGAAGGUUGGACUCAUCUCUGGGACGGCUUUUAUGUUGAUAGGUUUAACAGUUCUUGUAGUGGGUUUUCUUGUGCUACCAAAAAUCGAAGUUCUUGGGAAAGACGAUUUUGUUGUGGUGGAUACUCAUGCCAUUCAGUUUAAUGGGUCCCUUGAUAUAUGCAAGCUGUCAGGAGCAAUCUUGUUUUGCAUUGGAGUGUCUACCGUGGCAGCAUGUUUGCUGAUGUCUGCUUUUGCUAAAAGUUACUCCAAAGAAGAAAAGUACCUCCAGCAAAGAUUUAAAGAGAGAAUAGCUGAUAUAAAAGCUCAUGCAAACCCAGUCACAAAAGCCCCAGCACCAGGAGAAUCAAAGAUACCUGUCACUUUGUCCAAAGUUCAAAAUGUCCAGCCUUUAUCUGAAACCUGACCUUUCCUUAGGUUUUGUUUGUCACUUGUAAAUCACUUUAUCUGGAAAAUAUCAGCUGUUGUUGGCAUACGUGCUAGUCAAUUACAACAAGUGCUCUGCUGUACAAAUGCACAGCUGAUGGGGAAGCUGCUCCAAUACAAAGUUAGAAUUGGUAAAAGUGAAAUUAUGUUGUUAGUCCUGUGACCAGUAUAUUCAGUGUAUUCAAACCUUUUAAUCUGUGUUGAGCCAGUAAGUUCUUGCAACAAUGAUUAGGUGUUUAGCAUAUCAGAUUGCAUCCCU